AGCUUGAUUGGUUGAAGCACCUUUAAACUUGUUUUCCAUCCAAGCAAACAAAAUAAAAAUGUAAGAAUAAGAAAGAGGGGAAAGAAAGAGAAGAAUGUGAAAGACUGCCGAGAUUUAACAAUUAAGUUUCAAAAGAACAAAAGAGUCUAGCGAAUAUAAUUAGUUCAAGAAACCUUUCAAGAUGGCUGGGCAACUACUAAAGUCCUAUCAUAAUUAUUAUUCCCUGGGGGUAUGAUGCUACGGGAGGAUACGACGCUGGGUAAUUGAAGAUGAAAGUGAUCAGAUAAUUUGAUUUUGUGUAGUAUGAUAGCUUCUCAUUUUCUGCAUGAUAUCAAGGUCGAUGCUGCCUCCAGUACCUCUUAAAAUAGUGCCAAUACCUCCUUGACAUAUUCUGAAAAUACGACAACCAACAAAAAGAGAGUGCGUUAUUUUAUCGCGACAGAUUACGUGAAAGAGAGGAUUUUUAUAUCAUUUUCACUUUUGUCUUGAAAUUGAUGAUAAGUGAACAAAUUGAAGCUUUAAACUAAACUACAAGUACGGACUCGAACUGUCUUGCUUCACAUUCUGCAUACUAUUCCAUCGGACAUGUCGGAUGCUUACAACCCGUUUGGCACGAUGAGGGUGCUUAUCUUUCUGUAUAUUCUUGUAUUGUUGGGAAGAACAGGUCAAUCACGAUGUUCAAGUUUUUGUGAGUGCAAGCAGAGGAGGACUUUGGUCGAUGUGACAUGCACAGAUCUUGAUGAUAUGCCUCAGGAUCUCCCAUGCAACACUGUUUUGCUUAACUUGAAGAGCAAUUCAAUCACUGCACUCAAGAAGGAGUCAUUCUCAUGUCUCGGAAGCUUGGUUGAGCUUCUCCUAUCCAACAACCGUAUUCGCUUAAUCGAGAAAGGAGUCUUCGAGGAUGCUACCCAACUGGAGUACAUUGAACUUGAUUCAAACUUCCUUCAAAUGAUACCAUACCUUGGAACCUUACCGGCUCUUCUGAAGCUAUCAGUCAACAGGAAUUCUCUGAAAGAGUGGCAACAGCAGACCCUUCGUGAUCCAUCAGGUACACGACUUUCAUCGCUAAAACUGGCAUUCAACAAACUCCAGAAUCUACCUAAAAUCUCAUUUAGAGUAUUAUCGUUAGAUUUAGAAGGGAAUGCAAUCAGGGACAUUUCAACAACCAUUUUUGCUUACCCCAAACUUAUAUCAAAUUUGUGCAUUUCAUACAAUAAUAUUGAAUACUUGGAAAAGGCGCAAACGAUGAAAAAUCUGAAGGUUCUUUCACUCGAAUACAACUAUAUCAAAAGCAUCAGUGAAACUCUUUUCACUUGCUUUCCUUCAAUAAAAAGAAUCUACCUACAAGGCAAUAAAAUUGUGGAUGUCUCUUCCUUUCGUAACAUGCAACGUUUGGAGUUCAUCUCAUUGAAAGAUAACCAAAUCAGAUUUGUGGGUGAACCCGCAUUUACCAACAUUUCCAAAACAGAAACCGUCAUAUUGAACGGCAAUAAGAUCGAUCAGUUUUCAAACGAUAUAUUCUUUGACGCACCGUACUGUCUAGGUCUUAACUCCAACAACAUUUUAACACUAGACGCACUGUAUGGAAGGAAUCAUUCAAACGUGCAUUUUCUGAAUGUUGAUAAAAAUUAUCUUCGAAGCAUUUCUGUUAUAUACUGUCUACCAAGAAACAGCAAGGCAUAUAAUCUUGAUCUGUCAGAUAAUGAAAUCAAAGUCAUUUCUAAUGAUUCAUUCGACAAGCAACAGCAGUUCUGGAUAUCAUCAUUCUCAAGCUCAUAG